UCCCCGCUUCCCAGAUGAAGCUCUCUACUAUCCAGGCCGCCGUCGGCUCAGCAUUGCUUCUGCUGUCCGCCCAGCCCGCCGAAGCGCACGAUGGUUCUCAUCGCCACCUUCACAAGCUGAAGGAUGGUCUCAGUCCCGACGAACAUGAGUCGCUCGCCGAGAGGACUCUCGUCGAGAGGACCUCCGACGGAAAGGCCAUCUGCAGUCUGCCCAGCGAUGGCGAUCUGGUCAAUGUGCCGGGUGCCUCCAACAAGGGCUUUGCCAUGAGUCCCGACCAGGCCUGUGUUGAGGGAAGCUAUUGCCCCAUUGCCUGUAAACCGGGCAAGGUUAUGGCGCAGUGGGAGCCGGACUCAUCCUACACAUACCCCUCUUCAAUGAACGGCGGCCUCUACUGCGGGUCUGACGGCAAGGCCGUGAAGCCCUUUAAGAACUCGCCAUACUGCGUAGAUGGCGCUGGAACUGUCGAGGUCUACAACAACUGCGGCAAGACUUUGUCUUUCUGCCAGACCGUUCUGCCCGGCAAUGAGGCCAUGCUCAUCCCCAGCGUCAUUGACAAGUCCAUCACCCUAGCUGUUCCCGACCCCAGCUACUGGUGCAGCACGGCUGCUCACUACUACAUUAAUCCGCCAGGUGUCACCGAUGAGGGCUGCAUCUGGGGCGAUUCAUCCAAGCCCGUCGGUAACUGGGCUGCCUAUGUGGCAGGUGCCAACCAGGACACCCAAGGCCGGACUUUCGUCACGCUUGGCUACAACCCCAUUUGGGAGGGUUCGGCGCUCAAGAACACGAAGCCCACCUAUGGUGUCAAGAUCGAAUGCCCCGACGGUGGCUGCAAUGGCACUCCUUGCGCCAUUGACCCUUCCUCGAGCGCAAUUGGAGAUGUGACCAGCAACCUGGCUGGCACUGGUGCAGGCAACUCCAAGUACUGUGUUGUCACUGUCCCCAAGGGAAAGAAGGGUCGCAUCGUCGUCUUCCCUUUGGACGGUUCCGGUAGCAAGGACUCCGAAGAGAAGGAGGAGAAGAAGGAGGAAAAGAAGGAGGACAAGAUUGAAAUCAAGGUGGCCAAGUCUACGCCGUCCCCGACACCGACGCCCACUCCCACACCUACGCCGACGCCGACGCCAACACCAACGCCGACCCCGUCACCGUCCUCUUCUGCUGCGGCGACCUCCAAGAGCCCGAGCCCUAAGCCCUCUAGCUCUGCUUCCUCCACUUCCUCAAAAACGGCGAUUCCCACCGUCAUCCCUGGUAUUUUCCACGAGAACGACAACUCAACCACGUCGUCCACCGAGUCCGAAGCGACAACUUCUGAGCCGAUUGCCCCCACCGAGACGGAAGAAUCCGCCCCCGCGACCACCUCAAAGGAGAACGAAGGCACUAAACAAGGUGGAGGCGCUGUUGCAGGCCUCAUCAUCGCGUUUGUUGCGGCAACCUUUCUGUACUGAUUUUGCCUACACAUCAGUAGCGCCUUUCUUCGCUUCGUCCCAGUCAGCCAGCCAGCCAGCAGCAGCAGCAGCCCGUUCUUCGCUUCCACGUCUAUGCUUGUCAACGACGGCGCAGCGUCGUCCUCGUUUUGCUGCUACCACCCGACCUCGAUGUCUCGGACCCAGCCCGCUCGGUCGGUCGUACUCUUUUCAAACUUCGGGCAAGCACGCUUGUCAAGUACCCUUUUGCGCUGCUGGCACUUCUUCGUUUCAAUCCGCCGCUUCACGACCACAUGCGGCAAAUUUUACACAUACGCCUGUAUCAGAUGGCACAUUCAUCAUUUGCGACCCCUAUCUGGACGUAUAUAUUCGAACCCCCCGCCUCAUCGCGGCAGUCUAGUGUUUAUUGUCUUAGCAAUCUCGUGCUUACAGCACGAGCAGGCAAAGCUUUCUUUCGGGUAUACCAUGCUCGGCUCCUCGAAUGAGGAGCACUUUACACAUUUUCUUCUUAGGAUCGGCUUGUUUCUCAUCUAUACCCAUUUACGCACGCAUUAUUGUUGCUCUCUUUUUUGUUUUUUAUUCGAAGAAUAUGUGGAGGAAGUUCUAUGUGAAAUGGAAACAUUGGUCAUGACACGGAGGGGAUGAGGCACCUCGGACAGGGAAUCUGAUCCUAUGAGGAGGGACUUGUUAUGUAGGAUGGCGGACUUGGUGGACGAGCUUUGACCAACAAGAACAGGUGACGAAAAGGAAGCGACGAGGUUUGUGGAUGGAACAUACGAAUGCAAUGUCUUGUUGACCGUCGACCCUCUUGUCUCUCACCCUCUGCGCCUGGUCUGGAUCACCCGAUGCCGUUCAGGCUUGGUCAGAAUGUGUGUGUGAGAGAGAGAACUGGGUCUACUACUCGCUAGACGGCCCGAGCAAUAAACGAAACAUUAAAUCAACGAUGCUUGCUAUGCAAAAUUCGUAUCUUGCAAUACCUGACUCAAUCCUACGUGACAUCUACUUGUGUUACCGUUGUCGAGCGCCCGUCGCAUCUCCUGCUUGAUAGUGGUGACAUGACAUCUU